AUGACUCUUAGGACUCAUCCAUAGGCAAUCAUGUCCUCCCCAUCUAUGACAGUUCUAUGCAGCGACGACUCAUUUGGCCCUUUCGUUACAACGUUCUGUCGCGGAGGUUUUGACUUCACCGUCCUCUUCGAAGCAAGCAUUUUGACGAUCCUUCCUGCCGCCUGUUUCCUGCUGUUGGCGCCAUUUCGGUUACUUCAGCUGUCCAGAGAGUUACCCAAAGUAGUUUCAUCUACAACACGUGUAGCGAUAAUCGUUCUUGCCGUAUGCCUGGUAGUAGUUCAGAUCGCUCUGGUUGCCCUUGGCGCUACACAGCCUACGAUCCGGGGGCGCGAGUCACUUGCUGGCGCCAUCCUCGAGCUCGUAGCGGGGCUUGCCGUUGUAAUUCUCAUUGACCUGGAGCACAUCCGCUCCAUUCGACCGUCAUUCCUUGUCUCUGCCUACUUGUUUACCACGAUACUUUGUGACCUUGUACGGGUGCGCACCGCUUGGCUAUUAUCAGACAGUCAAGCCUACGCAGCCUGCCUUUCUUUGUCUCUCACCAUCAAAUUACUCCUCUUGACCUUGGAGAAUGUUGAGAAGCGAAAAUGGCUGAAACCUAGUCAGGAGGUGAGGUCUGGUGAGAGUCUCAGCGGACUAUUCAGUCGCGGCCUGUUCGUUUGGUUGAACGGCUUGUUGUGGAAAGGACACUCCAUGCUGCUGUCCGAGAACUCAUUGCCUACAAUCCAUGAAAAGCUCGCGUCCCGCGACUUAUCUGCUCAAUUCGCGGAGUCCUGGGCCUCUUCUAAUAAGAACCGCCAGAAUGCGCUACUUCUGACCGUUAUCAGCUGUCUACGGUGGGAGAUACUGAAGGUCAGCUUCCCUCGAAUCUGUGUUGUGGGGUUUAGUAUCGCCCAGCCGUUCCUGGUGGGCAAAGUUGUCACCAUCCUAGAUCAGAAUGAUUCGCUUUCGCUAGAUAAGGGAUACGGUCUGAUCGGAGCCACCGCCAUUGUAUUUAUCGGAGUUGCUGUGUGUACAGCCUGUUACCAGCAUUUGGGGUAUCGUGUUACAACGAUGCUCCGGGGUGGACUUAUGGCGAUUGUCUUUCAGCACAUGAUGCAUCUACCGUCGGGUAGUGUUGACGAGUCUGGUGCUAUUUCCCUCAUGGGUGCUGAUAUAGAGAUGCUUGCCGAAUACUUCCAGUCAACGGCUUGUGAGAUUUGGGCCAAUAUUCUGCAGCUGGGACUGGCUACCUGGCUUCUUCAAACCCAGGUAGGCGCUGUCUGUAUUGCACCCAUUGUGGUAGUAAUAAUCUUCACCGUGGCAUCGCUGGGCAUGGGCAAUGCCGUGUCGGCACGGCAGAAAUCAUGGCUCCAAGCUACCGAGAAACGUAUCAACUUCACCACUGGCAUCCUCGGGUCUAUCCAAAAUAUCAAAUUCCUUGGAUUGACCGAAAUCAUGGGGGCUAUGAUUAAUGCCUUGCGUGUUGACGAGCUCAGGGUCUCCAAAAGAUUCCGUCGAAUCCAGACGGUUCGUGUCUGCAUGGUCAACCUUCCCACUAUUGUUGGGCAGCUCGCAACAUUCGCUGGCUACGCUAUAGUAGCUAUGGUGCAAGGGUCUGGGGGUCUAAAGGUCUCGCAAGCCAUCACGUCACUCUCACUGGUCAAUCUUCUGGUUACUCCGCUCUCCAAUCUCUUGCUCGCUAUUCCGGAUACCUUCGCGUCGAUAGGCUGUCUCACCCGAAUACAGGACUUCCUCAGGCAACCGAAUCGCACUGAAAGGAGGCAGAUAGCCCAGAUGGCAGGCAGUCCAUCUCCUUCAUCCCCAUGUUCCUCCGCUAUCGAGCUACCUACCCUUGAACAGCAUGUGGCCAGCCCUGUUCUAGAAAAGCAAUCGGAUCUGGUUCUGUCCCUCAACAAUGUCCACUUUGGAUGGAAGAACUCUCUACCAGAUAAACCUCGCAUCUCACUUACUUUGAGAUCCUCUCCUAAUGGUAACCUUGUUAUGAUUGUCGGUGCAGUCGGUAGUGGUAAGUCUACCUUCCUUAGAGGGCUUGCUGGAGAAACACCCGUGCUGGAGGGGGAGCUCUUUAUUAAGUACCCGGAUCUGGCUUUCUGUGAGCAAACUUCAUGGUUGACAAAUACAUCAAUCCAAGAAAGCAUUGUUGGAGAAAGCCUAUCAUCUGUGUUCGAUGCUGAGUGGUAUCACACCGUGGUGAGAGCAUGUGGACUGGAGCCGGAUCUCAAGAGAUUGCCAGCAGGCGAUCAAACCCUUGUAGGCAGCAAGGGUGCUAAACUGAGCGGUGGGCAGAAGCAAAGAAUUGCUAUAGCACGAGCCGUUUAUGCUCGUAAGCGUAUUGCCUGCUUCGAUGAUGUCCUUAGUGGCCUAGACAAUGCAACAGCUCAGCUGGUAUUUAACAAUGUUUUUGGUCCGGCUGGAUUGCUGCGCCAACUGGGCUGCACCGCGUUCCUGGCUACCCACAGCAUCCACCACUCACCACAGGCCGAUUUCAUCAUUGUCUUGGGCGACAAUGGCCUGGUCCUGGAACAAGGCAGUUAUGCCCAGCUCCGCGGCCACGCUGGAGGCUAUAUUAACAAACUCGGCGUGCAAUCACUACAGGCGGAUGGGUUAGCUGAAACGAUUGACAUUAGUGAGAGGGAAAACCAGUCGAAAAGCGCUCCAACAGGCUCUCCGAGUGUUUCCUCAACUACUACUACUACUACUACUACUACUACUACUACUACUACUACUACUGAUGGUACUCGACAGACCAAUGAUCUAGCUGUGUAUAGGUACUACUUCUCUAGUUUGGGAGGUCUGCGCGUCGCCGUGCUACUUUUCUUCCUGAUCGUCAAUGCUGGAAUUGAUGGAUUCCGCUAUGUCUGGGUGGAUAUGUGGUCCUCCAGUAGUGACAGCGCCUCGAGUUCACGCUUGGGCUACUGGCUUGGACUGUAUGCAGCAUUGGCUGUCAUUGAAGCCAGCGCCCUUAUCUUUUCUGUAUUCUGGACAUGGGUUGUCAUUGUCCCUGCUGCCUCUAAGAAUCUACAUUCUCUAGUGCUCCGGGCUUGUAUGAGUGCCCCUCUAUCCUUCUUGUCGAACACCGAGACUGGUGUUCUUGUAACACGCUUCAGCCAAGAUAUGAGACUGGUCGACAUGAUCCUGCCCCGUGGCUUUAUAUCUACAGGAUUCCAGCUUUUUGGGGCUCUUUCUCAAGGCGCCGUCGUUAUAGCUUCACUGCCCUACAUGGCAGCGGCACUACCGGUUCUCAUUGGCGUGCUGGUCCUUGUCCAGCGGUUCUACCUGCGCACAUCUCGUCAACUGCGGCUAUUAGAAAUCGAGCUUAAAAGCCCUCUAUAUACCCACUUUAUUGAAUCGCUCGCCGGAGUGGUUACUAUCCGCGCUUUUUCGUGGACCCGCGCCUCCAUAUCCCGAAUGCUCUCCAUGCUUGACACAGCUCAGAAGCCUUUCUAUCUCUUACUGAGCAUCCAACGCUGGCUUAGCUUGGUACUUAAUCUCAUCGUAGCUGCUCUAACAGUGCUCCUUGUUGGAGCAGCCUUGGCUCUCCGCGAACAUGUCGACCCCGGUCUACUAGGUGUCGCCCUAGUAAUGAUGAUUGAUCUGGGUCAGACUCUGUCAGAGCUGAUUCAAAACUGGACACUACUCGAGACAUCCCUAGGGGCGAUUGCGCGGAUCAAGGACUUUGCCGAAAAUACGCCCAGUGAGGACAGAGGCAUGGACGUUCAGACUCAGGAACCACACCCGGAAUGGCCCUGCCAUGGGGAGAUCAUGUUUGUUGAUGCGAGCAUCGCAUAUAAUUGCUCAGAAGGGGCUCCGCCCGUACUAGAUGGCAUUCGUCUUCAUCUACGUGCGGGUGAAAAGGUUGGGCUGUGCGGAAAGUCUGGAAGUGGAAAAAGCUCCCUCGCACUAUCUCUCCUCCGCCUCAACGAGAUACUAUCAGGGCAGAUCCUCAUUGAUGGACAAGAUAUCUCAGUCAUGUCCCGAUCCACGAUCCGACAGCGCAUUAGCUGUCUCAGUCAAGAGCCAUUUCUUUUCCCAGGCACCAUCCGACAGAACGCCGAUCCGCUGAGUAUGCUGAUGGGUCAGGACAUUAUCAAUGCGCUGCGGUGUGUUGGCCUCUGGACCGCUCUCGUUACCCACCAUGGUGACGAUGAUGAGACGGUCCUAGAUACCAAACUCAAUGAGGCAAUCUUAUCCCAGGGACAGAAGCAGCUGUUCUGUCUAGCGAGGGCGCUGUUGAAGAAGAGUAAAAUUCUACUUCUUGAUGAGCCAACUAGCAGUCUGGACGGCGAAACCGACGCUAGAGUACAAAAGGUCAUACGCAAGUCCUUCGCAGACUGCACCGUGAUUAUGGUGGCCCACCGGAUUCAUACUCUCUUGGACUUCGACCGGGUCGUUGUCCUAGAUAGUGGUCGAAUUGUCGAAACAGGCCAUCCGCGCGAGUUGUUGGACAGGCCUGAUGGGGCAUUUGCGAAGCUGUUAGAACUGGAGUCGUGA